GGCGCCUGCCAGAGCCGGAGCCCAAGCCGCGCUGCCCAGACAGCAUACCCGAUCCAUCAACAAGACCACAACCUCACCCCAAAGAUGUGUUCCACGAACCCGGGCAACUGGGUCACAUUUGAUGAUGACCCCGCUUUUCAGUCUUCUCAAAAGUCAAAGAAUUUCCCUCUGGAGAAUCAAGGCAUCUGUAGACCUAAAGGACUUAAGCUGAACCUCCCUGGCCUCAGGGACUUUUCCAGUGGACCUCCCUCCACCAGCAGCACCCCUCUCCCGUCUCCCAUCAUAGACUUUUACCUCAGCCCAGGACCUCCAAGUAACUCUCCUCUUUCUACACCUACCAAAGACUUCCCAGGUUUUCCUGGAAUCCCCAAAGCAGGGGCUCAUGUGCUUUAUCCUAUUCCUGAAUCGUCUUCAAACCAUCCACUGACAACAUCAGGAGCAGGUUCCUCCUUACUACCUACUAAACCGGCCUACGUAUCCCAUGCGUCCUUGCCCAGUGACCCCUCAUGUGCACGCCAAGCUCCCAAAGUGGGUCUUCCAGAUGAAACUAGCCCUCACCAGACUGAAAGCCUACGGUUCCAAAGUGACGCUCCCCAGUUUCAGUAUUUCCAGGAGGACUGUGCCUUUUCAAGUCCAUUUUGGAAAGAUGAGGGCAGUGCUUCCCAGAUAACCUUUGACCCCCCAGGAAGCAGGAAUCCAUUCGCAUCAAAGGACAAGGAGAUGCCCAUUGAUCAAAAAAGUCUAAAUCAGUGUUCACUCAACUAUAUCUGUGAGAAGCUUGAACACCUCCAAUCAGCUGAAAAUCAAGACUCACUUGGAAAUUUGUCCAUGCGGUGUCUGUAUGCGGAAGACCCUGCUUCUUCCUUUGUCCCCCAGGCACUCUUCCAGAGUCAGCCAAAAGCCGGAUGGUCCUUCAUGCUGAGAAUUCCUGAGAAGAAGAACAUGAUGUCCUCCCGGCAGUGGGGACCAAUUUUUCUGAAAGUCUUACCUGGAGGAAUUUUGCAAAUGUAUUAUGAGAAGGGGUUAGAGAAACCAUUUAAAGAAAUACAGCUCGAUCCACAUUGUAGGCUUUCUGAACCCAAAGUUGAGAACUUCAGUGUGGCAGGAAAAAUCCAUACUGUGAAGAUUGAGCAUGUGUCUUACACAGAGAAAAGGAAGUACCAUUCCAAGACGGAAGUAGUUCACGAACCAGACGUAGAACAGAUGCUGAAGCUGGGGUCCACGGAGUACCAGGACUUUCUCGACUUUCUGACUACCGUGGACGAGGAGCUGAUGAAGCUGCCGGCUGUUUCAAAACCAAAAAGGAGCUACGAGGAACAAGAGAUUUCCCUGGAAAUCGUGGACAACUUUUGGGGUAAAAUCACUAAAGAAGGAAAACUGGUUGAAAGUGCCGUGAUAACGCAAAUCUGCUGCCUCUGCUUUGUGAAUGGGAACGCGGAAUGCUUCUUAACCUUGAAUGACCUUGAGCUGCAGAAGCGAGAUGACCGCUAUUUUGAAAAGGACCCGGAAAAAAGGGGGAUUGAUAUCCUUGACUAUCAUUUUCAUAAAUGUGUGAAAGCUGAAGAAUUUGAGCAAUCGAGAAUCAUUAAGUUUGCACCUCUGGAUGCCUGCCGGUUUGAGCUGGUGCGUUUCAAGACUUUGUAUCACGGGGAGGAUCUUCCCUUUUCCGUGAAGUCUGUCGUGGUUGUCCAAGGAGCUUACGUGGAGCUCCAGUCCUUCGUCAACAUGGCGCCGUUGGCUCAGAAACCAUCCCAAGCUGCUUCCCUGAGGUCCUGUGACAAUAUAAUGAUACACUUUCCUGUCCCAUCACAGUGGAUCAAGGCCCUCUGGACCAUGAACCUCCAGAGACAGAAGUCUCUGAAAGCCAAAAUGAACCGCCGGGCUUGUCUGGGGAGUUUACAGGAACUGGAUACAGAACCUGUCAUACAGGUCACUGUGGGGUCAGCAAAAUAUGAGAGUGCCUACCGGGCUGUGGUGUGGAAGAUAGACCGACUUCCUGACAAAAAUUCAAGUUCAGAUCAUCCUCAUUGUCUGUCAUACAAACUAGAGCUUGGAUCAGACCAAGAAAUUCCCUCCGAUUGGUAUCCGUUUGCUACAGUUCAGUUUGUUACACUUGACACCUUUGCCUCAAGGACAGAGGUCAGGUCCCUGGGUGUGGAGAGUGAUGUCCAGCCUCAGAAACACAUCCAGCAGCGAGCUUGCUACAAUAUCCAGGUUGAAAUAGAAAAGAAAUGGAUUAAAAUAGAUGGAGAAGACCCAGAUAAAGCUGGUGACUGCAUAAACCAGUAGGAACAGGAGGACACCAUGAUGAUGACAUAACCCAGUAAGAACAGCAAGACGCCAUGAUGACGACGACCCACUUUUCAAAUAUGUAAUUCGUAGAAACCACACCCAGUUCUGCUACUGCAUAGUGGAAAUGACUUUGGAACAGAGGGUUUUUAGGACUGGUUCAAUGGCUGUGAUUAGAGAUUAGACCUGAAAUCCAACCAUCUGGAUUUUAUACUUUUGAUAUGUUUGUGCCCCAGGGCUUUGAUAAAAUGUGUCUAUAGUUUGUGAGAUGCUUUUGCUCCCUAUCAAAGCCCAAGGGCAUUGUCAAUAUAUGUGUGACCCGGCAGCCAGAUUGGCUAAACGAUUUUUAAUUUUUGAUUCCUCGAUGGCUCAUGGUUUUGCACUGCGAGUUACCAAGGCGCAGUAUUUAUUCUCCUCAGCUGCCAUCUCUUCUUGAUGCAUGAGCACUGGUACCAGAGGGUAAGCCAAUCAAAGGAGACACGAACCCAAAAUGCUUUGUUUUCCACUCUCUGAGAUGUGGCUACGUGUAGACUGAUGUUUAUACCACAGGCAAAAAAGGAAAUUUGGAGGUAUUGUGAAUUUUAUAUCUUCCUGUCCUUUUACCGGAAUCCUUGGUGGCAUAGUGGUUAAGAGCUACCGCUGCUAAACAAAAGAUGGGGCAGUUCGAAUUCACCAGGCGCUUGUUGGAAACCCUGUGGGGCAAUUCUACUCUGUUCUGUAGGGUCACUAGGAGUCGGAAUUGACUCAACCGCAUUGGGUUUGUCCUUUUACCAUGUUGAUAAGCAAUCAUGGGCUGUAUUUGGUACUUCUCUUUCACCCACUGUAUUGUUAUUGUGUUCUGGUGUGUGCUACAAAGAAGCCAUUUCUAUUGGUAUAUAUGUAUAUAUAUUUUUAGUACAAGUUAUUAAAAGAUACUGCCUUUUCCUUGUAGGAAUUCCUUUGAAAACGGAAUCCCAGUAUUGGCCGCUAGUUAAAAUAUUUGUGUACAUUAAAGGUAAAGUUUUUAAGGUUCAUAAAUAUUGUUUCCCAGUAGUAGAGAUUCUAAGAACGUAUGUUGUUUAAAUGUUAUUUGUAACACCAGCCUCAUUUGAGUAGAAGUCUAAAUCAUAUUACAAUUUUAUCUACUUUUGCAGUCAGGUUAUUUUAUACUAACUCCACCUAAUUUAGAGUAUUUUUCUUUAAAAGAUGAGCAAAGUGAAAGACACUAGAUUAUUCCACCUUGAUUUCUAAGAGGCAACAUUUCUUUUCUUCAGAUUCAGGUAAAUGACUAUAAUAGUUUGGUUUCUAAUGAAAAGCCGAUGACAUUAGCCAUUGCAAUUCUGUUUAUAAUUUCCUUUUUGUAUUUACAGUGAAAGGCCAGAAUUUUCAAAUUGAUGAAAUCUAUAUUCUUUUUUUUAUAUUCUAGGCAUUAAUUUAGUCUGAAAAACAAGUUCUCCAUGUGGUAUUAAUACACUUUCAGUUUAUGUUGAAUCUUAAAUAUAAUUCCAAACCCAGUGCUGUUGAGUCGAUUCCGACUCACAGCGACCCUAUAGGACAGAGUAGAACUGCCCCAUAGAGUUUCCAAGGAGUGCCUGGAGGAUUCGAACUGCUGACCCUUUGUUUAGCGGCCGUAGCACUUAACCACUACACCACCAGGGUUUCCUAAACAUAAUUAGGAGUUUUUUUUUUUUUUUUUCUCUAUUUACUAAAUUUGUUUUGGGUUAGAACUGAUAUGAUGUUCUUCCAAACAAUGUUUAUUUGUUGGCCCACGGAGUUUAUUGUGAAUGUUGUAUUUAACAUUGUAUUACAUUUGUUUUAAACUGUUAAAAAAAAAAAAAAAACAGACUUUCCUGAUGGUCUGUAUCAAUCAGCA